GGCAUGCAACCGAGCGGAGAAAGCCGGCUGGCAACGGGGCCAAGGGUCAGGCGUGGGCUUUAAAGGACCAGCGUCCAGCGGAGGAACGACGGAGGUUCUUCAAGACGUCUCCUGACCACCAUGAGCUUCCUUGUCCGUCCUUGGGCCAAAAAGGACGUUCGGGAUGUGAUGCGGCUGGUUAGGGAACUGGCGGUGUCUCACAACGCUCUCCACCACGUGAGAACUUCUCCAGAAGCUCUCCAAAAAGAUGGGUUUGAAAAAGACGCCAUCUUCGGGUACCUGGUGGCCGAGGUGCCCCCCGCACGGAAAAGCAAAGACGGUACGGCAAGAGACCUUGGACACACCAUUGUCGGCUAUCAAUUCCACUACCUGACCUACUGCACCUGGGACGGCCCGGUUCUCUUCGGCGAAGAUCUCUACGUGAUGCCGGAAUUCAGAGGGAGAGGAGUUGGCACCGCCUUGCUGAACCGAGCAGCCAAGAUCACCCUGGAAAAAGGAUGCUCCCAAUUCCGGUUUGUCUCGGGCCAGAAGCAUCAGGCCACGACCGAUUUCUUCCGCAAGAGAGGAGCCGUGGACGUCACCAUCCGUGAUAACUGGCACGUCUUCCGGAUUGACAGGGACCCCCUCGUGAAGCUGCUGGAGGAAGCGGCAGCCCAGCCGAACCCCUUUUCUUCCACACUCUAGACACCCCCUCCACACACACACACACUUCCAAUUCUACACAAAGUUGUUAUGGAAGAAGGAAUUGAGAAGACAUCCCUUCGGGCAGACAGAGUCAGCUUUAAUAUUGCAAUAAUUCAGACAGGUAUUGCU